GGCGCCUUCAGCUCUCCCUUGGCCACGCCCUGCCAAGUAUAAUUACAAGGCGCGGCCACGCCCCUAACGACUCGCGCCCAUUCACUCUCCGUUAAGUGAAGCCUCUUGGACGCGUGGCCACGCACUCGAACCCCGCCUACUCCCUUCGGAGGCGCGCUCCCGGCUGGCCGGCCCCUUCAGUCUGCUGUGAUUGAGCGCGCGAGUGUGUGUCGUUCUGUCGCCCGGCUCCAGUGAAAGCUGCUCAUCUGUGCAGACCGGAGGUACGGACGGUUGAACGGUGGAGACUGAGGGCUACAGCCCGGUGGUGGAUGGACACGCACGCACUUCUUAGUCGUUAGUUUCCUUUCGGGAGGAAAGACAAAAACACAGCAGUUUGGUUUGCUGGGCCGGGAGGGGAUGCGUGCGAGUGCGUGCCUUCGAGGCAACUUGAGAGAGAAUCGGUGAAGAGGGCGAAAAGCGUUAAAGCGACAUAAAGACAGCCUCGCAGUUGACAAGUAGUCAGCGGGCAUCUAUGUUGGAGAGGAGCGAGGCGAAAGCGACAGGAGAGCGGCCGGAGUGGGCGCGUUUCACGGAGCGUACCGCCUGAGCUCAAUGAAUCCGCCAGCCGAGGCGUGCGCAGAGAUCCUACGGCCGCAAUUCAGAAGUUUCCCGGUCGACGUCGUGGAAGGCAGGCAGACACAAAGACGAGAGGCGAAAGUAUGCGGCACUUAACCGACAGCUAAGCCGGAAAGUGGGGCGCAUUCCCAGAGUGCUGCGGGGAGCUACAUGGGGACCUGAGAUUCCCGGCAGCGUCUUUGUCAGCCGUAACGGGAUGUUAAACCGCUGGAUUAAGCAUCUCAGUCUGUAAGGAAGCAAAGUCAAACCAAAGUUCCAAGUCGGAAGAAGAAGAACAAGGAGGAGGCGAGACCUUUAUGGGGGAAUCGGUUCAUUGGGCACUUGCAACUUUUUCCUCGUGUGCCGGAGCCCGGACCGUAGUCACAGCCGCUGCAGCGUCGCCCUGCCAGUGAGCGCCGGAGAAAACGCGCUGUGCGCACGCAUUGCCGAGCUGGUGUCGCCGUGCACCGGACUCUCCGCUUCUUCUUCUUGUUCUCCUCCUCCGCCUGAGAUCGUCCUCCUGUCGGCACCAUGGAGGAAUGGAGGCAGUGCGGACGGUGGCUUAUUGACUGCAAGGUGCUGCCUCCCAACCACAGGGUGGUUUGGCCCUCGGCCGUCGUCUUCGACCUGGCGCAGGCUCUCCGGGAUGGGGUGCUGCUCUGCCAGAUGCUACACAACCUUUCUCCGGGAUCUGUGGACCUUAAGGAGAUCAACUUCAGACCGCAGAUGUCUCAGUUCCUCUGUCUGAAGAACAUCCGAACGUUCUUGAAGGUCUGCCACGAUAAGUUUGGGCUGCGCAACAGUGAACUGUUCGACCCCUUUGACCUUUUUGAUGUCCGGGAUUUCGGCAAGGUUAUUUCUUCACUUUCAAGAAUCUCCCAUCACAGCCUCGCACAAAUCAAGGGAAUCCGUCCUUUCCCAUCUGAAGAUACAGCAGAAAAUGAGGAUGACGUGUACAGGAGCCUGGAGGAGCUGGCUGAUGAGCACGAUGUUGGAGAAGAUGAUAUUUACGACUGCGUCCCGUGUGAAGACGGAGACGACAUUUAUGAAGAUAUCAUCAAGGUGGAAGUGCGACAACCCAUGAAAAUGGGAAUGACAGAGGAUGACAAGAGGAACUGCUGUCUGUUGGAAAUACAAGAAACUGAAGCAAAGUACUACAAGACACUGGAAGACAUUGAGAAGAAUUAUAUGAUUCCUUUGAAGCAGGUUUUAAGUCAGCAGGAUAUGGAAGCCAUUUUCGUCAAUUUGGAGGACUUGAUCAAGGUGCAUUUUUCUUUACUGAGGGCCAUUGAUCUGACCAUGAUGGCAGGUGGAAGUGGACUGGCUAAAAUAUUCUUGGAAUUUAAAGAACGCCUUCUGAUUUAUGGAGAGUACUGCAGCCACUUGGAGAAUUCCCAGAAAACGUUAGAUCACCUCAUCGCCACACGGGAAGACGUUAAAAUUAAAGUGGAGGAAUGUACAAUGAAAGUCCAAGAAGGCAAGUUUAAGCUGCAGGACCUGCUGGUUGUCCCCAUGCAGAGGGUGUUGAAAUAUCACCUCCUGUUAAAGGAGUUAGUAAGUCACUCGACGGAAAGGCCGGAGCGGCAACAACUGAAGGAGGCCCUGGAGGCGAUGCAGGAUCUGGCAAUGUACAUCAAUGAAGUAAAAAGAGACAAAGAGACAUUAAAGAAAAUCAGCGAAUUUCAGAGCUCCAUCGAAAACUUGCAGGUAAAACUUGAAGAAUAUGGAAGGCCCAAAAUAGACGGGGAAUUGAAAGUGUGCUCCAUAGUCAACCGAACAAAACAAGACAGGUACAUUUUUCUGUUUGACAAAGUUGUGAUUGUGUGCAAACGACGGGGCUACAGUUACGAACUCAAGGAGAUCAUCGAGCUGCAGCUUUACAAGAUGACCGAUGACCCCAUGAACAACAGGGACAUCAAGAAGUGGUCCUAUGGGUUUUAUCUAAUUCACCUACAAGGCAAACAGGGCUUCCAGUUCUUUUGUAAAACGGAGGACACAAAGCGCAAAUGGAUGGAGCAGUUUGAGAUGGCCAUGUCUAAUAUUAAGCCAGAGAGAGCCACUGCGAACCUGCACAAUUUCCAAAUGCACACCUUUGAGAAGAACACCAACUGCAAGGUCUGCAAGAUGUUGUUACGAGGCAUUUUCUAUCAAGGUUACUUCUGCGCAAAGUGUGGAUCUGGAGCCCACAAGGAGUGCUUGGAAUCGAUAACGAUAUGCAGGAUAGGUCCACAUGAUUUGGAGUCUGGGCCGCUCUCAUCAGGUCCUAAGAUGAUUGCUGUCCGCAACUACCAUGGAAACCCAAUCCCACCAAGCAAGCCUGCAUUGUCCUUCCAGACGGGAGAAGUGAUCGAGUUAAUUAAAGGGGAUCCGGACUCCACCUGGUGGGAGGGUAAGUUAAUUCAGAACCAGAAAACGGGAUUUUUUCCAAGUUCCUGUGUAAAGCCCUGCCUGGACCCCAAGCCUUAUCUCAACCGGCCGCUUUCCAGAGAGCCCGACUACAGUGCCUACCCCUGGUUUGCAGGUAACAUGGAGAGACAGCAAGCCGACAACCUCCUGAAGUCCCAUCCUAGCGGAACGUACCUAAUCCGAGAGAGGACAGCUGAGGCAGAGCGCUUUGCAAUCAGCAUAAGGUUCAACGAUGAGGUGAAGCACAUUAAAGUUGUAGAGAAAGACAACUGGAUUCACAUUACAGAAGCAAAAAAGUUUGAGUGCCUCCUGGAGUUGGUCGAGUACUACCAGACGCAUUCUCUAAAGGAGAGCUUCAAGCUGCUGGACACGACACUGCGCUACCCAUACAAAUCACGAGAGAAGCCGACCUCCCGGGCAAACACGCGCUCUCCAGUUUUUACACCUCGGGUGAUUGGCACUGCUGUAGCGAGGUACAAUUUUGCUGCCCGUGAUAUGAGGGAGCUCUCGCUGAGGGAAGGCGACGUCGUUAAAAUUUACAGCAAGAUUGGCGGAGAUCAGGGCUGGUGGAAAGGAGAGGCCAAUGGCAGAAUUGGUUGGUUUCCAUCAACAUAUGUGGACGAGGAAGGGGUGCAGUGAUUGGCUGGCAGUGCUGCUCUUCUGUCGUUCUUCAACAAAAGCCAUUCCUCCAAACCACUUUGAGAUGGACACUCAGGAGGCCCCUGCGUGGAAGACCUUGCUGGACCUUUGCUUAAAGACUGCUAUGUGCAUAGCUGAUGUUUUUACUUGCGUUUUCUCGGUUUGUAUAUAUCUAUAUAAAUAGAAAUAUAUAUAUAUAAAUAUAUAUAUAUAUAUAUAUAUGAAUGAGCUUUAUUUUUAAAUGCUCUCAAUAGAAAAUUGAACCGGCACAGAAAUUGCAGUUCUACUUUUAUAGAGUAAAACACACAUUCUCUGGUAAAGCCCGGGAAACCCGAAAAUGAAUGUGGCGGAAAGGUAUUAGGAAAAGAAAAGACGUAUUAAUAAUUUAUUUUACUUUUGCAGUUGUAGCAGGUAUUAGAUGAAGUUACCCCUAGGAUGAAAACUUCAAGUAAACCAAGAAUAUUUACUGCAAUUGCAGACUAAGAAAGAGUUUGAGAGUGGAACAAAUAUGCCUUAGUUGUCAUUGUAUUGCCUUGAAGUCGCAGUUGUCCAAGCUGUCCAGCAUGCGGACCUUCAUCUGCUAACCGAGAACGCGUGCAAAACUCGCUUGAGCUCAAAGCGUCCGCCGAAAUGCCAGAUUUGUAGUCUGUAAAAGUGAGUCCGUGUCCGACCACAAAUGCGUAUUUAUGGUAGAGAAGGAAAAUGGAAGAGCUUGGCAAAUGAGCAGAUAAUCACUGCGGACGUACUGCUUCACCCAAAAAGGAUUGUUAUCUUUUUAUAAUUUGAUACUUCCCGUUGUUUGUAUUGAUGAUGACAAUGAUCUCGUGUUUUUAUGGAGACUGGAGAUGACCAAAUUCCUGGUACAGUGGGGCUUCAAUGGGGACACAAAUUGAAAAAUAGCAAAUGCAUCAUCCCUUCUGUUGGAUUAGCCAGUGGGCCUCACGUCCAUAAUGGAGGUUUGAGGAAGAGGUUGAAUAAGGCCAGUAUACGUUUUAUAUGAGCGAUGGUACAUUUACUGUACGAUGAGAUACUCACACUACUUAUAAUUCUAAAAAUACUGAGAGAACAUGUCCACAGAGCUCAUUCUGGCAACAAACCCAGCAUGUCUAUCCAGGUGGGAUCAAGAGAUCUACCAGAAUCAAAAGGCCACAGACGUUCAGCAGAUAUGCUUCUCAGUUCCAGUAGCGUAUUUACUCAGUUAAUGAUCAAAAGCUCUUUCUAAAUUCCAGGGUUGACUCACUGUCCAUUUAGUAAACAUAUAUAUAUAUAUAUAUAUAUAUAUAUUACGGCCUAAACCCGAAGUUCGGCCAUUUCGCAUUUUAGCUGAGAGGUGUGGCCAAAGUCUGAAUUACUAGAAAUGACCAGCGUAUAUGCUACUUUAGCUGGCCAUUUCGCAAAGUGGUGAGAACUCCCUGGCCAAAAUUCGAUGUGCUGAUGUAAGACUGUCCACUCAAGGUGCGAAGAUGCUUAAAAAUGUCAGAUGCAGAUUCCGAAGUGAGUUUUCCAUUCUACACGAGAAACUGCUCACGGCGGGUCUUGUCCAGAAAGCGGACGGCACUUGAGACGGCCUUCCCUUUGCCCAAAUACUAACCGGAAGGUCAAUAAAAUAGGACCCUGAUGUUAAGUCACCAUUUCAGGGCUAAAAUGAUAACAGAAAUGUGAAACCUACUUAUAUACCUAAUCUUAAUUUUUGUGAAACAACCAAGCGGCGUUCGCUUUCUGAACAAGAGCCGCCAAGGCUACACUCGAUGCAAUUGCACUACUAAGUACGCAACAAAUCGCUGCUCAUGCCUUUGUUCUUCCGACUUUGGCCGAUCACCCCGUGCUAUUUCGCAAACUGGCUGGCCAAAUCCUGAAAUCAAGGAAAACAUCGGACAUUGGCCGGUCAAUUUACAGCAAAAUUGGCAAUUUCCCGAUUUGGCCGGACACUUCUCACUUUGGACGAUUUUUGGAUUUGGCCGUAACAUAUAUAUAUAUAUAUAUAAAAAAAAAUCAAUCUGCAUUCAAUAACAGAGAUGAUUAUUUUCUUUCUUCAGAAGAAACUUGCAUCACACACUUUCUAGAAAUCUACUGGGCAAGAAAAUGGCCGCUUCUAUAUUGAAGAUGGCAUCCUGCAUACGCAGUGUUCACAAGCCCUCAAAUACAGCCACUCUCUAAUAACAGCUUCUUAACUCAAACUUAAAAUAAAUUAUUAAAAUAAAUUAUUAAAAAUAUUUAAGAAUUACUUGCUAACUCUAUGAAAUUGCUUCAGAUUUUUUUUGGCUGACUCACCGGUAUGAGAAAACCUCCACAUAUCCUACACCGUUUGACUCGGCCUGAUGGCCACUUACGCAAGACAUUCCGCUUUUUGGGGUUCCUCCCUAUUUUUGGCCUGCUAGACCUGAAAAACCCUCAUCGUGGACGAUGUUUUGUUCAGGAAAUGAUACUUUAUGAUAAGCAGCGCUAGAAAAGAUCCAGAGAAGAGCGACUAGGCUGAUUAUGGGGCUACAGGGGGUGAAUUGGGAGGAAAGAUUAAAAGAGCAGAGAGCGUAACAGAGAUGAAGAGGAGACCUGACUGAAGUGUUUAAAAUUACAAAGGGAAUUAACCCAGUGGAUCGAGACGGUGACUUUAAAAUGAGUUCAUCUAGAACACGGGGACACAGCUGGAAACUUGUGAAGAGGAAAUUUCAAACAAACAUUAGAAAGAGAUCCAGAAACACAAGUGACCAAGUAGUGUGGUAGACAGGAGGGCUUUAGGUGCUUUCAAAACUCGACUUGAUGUUAUUUUAGAAGAAUUAAGUGGAUAGAAAUGGCAAGCUUUGUUGGGCUGAAUGGCCUGUCCUCAUCCUGAUUGUUCUAAAAGAAGUAAACCAAAAGGUGAAUUCAGCAAAAACAAAUAGAAGAACUUGAAGUUAAGCAUCAGCCCAUCCGAGGGGUUCAGCCGCUAAUGCAGGGGUCCUCGAUCGCAGUCUUGGAGGGCUGCAGGUUUUUUGCUCCCACCCAGUUAUUGCUCCAGUGACACUUCUGCUUCACUUUAGUGGUCUCGCUCGUUAAGAUUUUGAACCCUUAUUGCUUAUUUGAGUCUUAAACAGCUGUAUUCUCGGUUUUUAAUGGCUCCUAAUUAGCAAUAACAUGUAAAUGACAAAAGAGAGCAGCAUUUCUCCAUUGAGCUUGUUUCCAUUUAUUUAUCACGCACUAUUGGGUUAAAUUAAAUACUUGGAAGGAAAGUGAGGAGAAAAAAGUGAAGGACUGAGAACUACUCCUCCAUUUUAGCCUUCAAAUCAUUUGGAUGAUAUCCUUAGAAAGGGGAAGAAAAUCCAGGAUAUGAGAAUGAGCUGCCAUGGCAGAGUUAAAGCACCAACAAGCUAUGAAAUUAAAUUAUUGGCAAGAAUUGCUUUCUAAUUAAGCCACCGGGUUGGAACAAAAACCUUUGGCCACUGCGGCCCUCCAGGACUGGGAUUGAGGACCCCUGUGCUAAUGCGAUACGACGUGUUACUCCGUUUCACAAAGCGUAAUAUCAUCCCUUGGAGUGUCAUUUUGCGAUUGCCGAUCACAAAUAUGAUCGUAAUUUUGAUAUUUGAUUCUUUUCCGGUGGUCCUAGCCCUCCAAGAGUCACUCAUGGGCCUAUGGGCUAUCGUUUUCGACUAUUUCAUGGUCACCGCUUACCAACACGACGUUAUGUUUGAUUGUUGAUCCUUUACUAGCACUCGGGCCAAAUUUGCCUGAGGAUAGUAGACUAUCGGUAAUGUCUGGUGAAUUCCCACAAGGCUUUGUAAAGUUUUUUUAAUUACAUCACUAGUAAAUUAAGGGUCUCGAUCUGAGUGCACGUUUAGGGACACCCAAUCUGGUAAAGAUGCCAUACGUCAAAAACACCACAAAUUCUGAAUAACAAAUAACAGCAGUAACUCACCUCGAACAACACAACAGUUACAAAAAAGAAGUAAAAACUUAAGAGCAGACACAGCGAGGCACUAUAAAAGCAUAUUAUGGUAUGGAGGAACCACAGUGGAAUUUCCUGACGCACUUCAGUUGGCUGAAAGUCACGGAGAGGAUGUGCAGCUUUGGUGAUAACGGUGGUCAGUUUUGUCUUUAUUCUCUGCUCCACCACUACCUCCAGCAAGUCCAGAAGGCUUCCCAUAACUAAGCCUGCCUUUCUAAUCAGCGUAUUGAUUUGGUGGGACUCCCCUGGCCCUGACAGGCCAUCAGAGAGUUACAGAACAUGUAAAGGAUGUCACCAGCCAUUAAAGAGUGAAAACGUUAUCAAGUGGACCGUUGCCUUGUAUUUGUGCAUAUCUGAGAAGUUUCGUCAAAUUGACGGCCAAUUCAGAGGUGCAGUUUCACGAUCUGCCAAUGAGAAAGCUCAACAGAGUGCGGCUGUGGCUUAAUGUCUGAUGAACGAGUGAAGAGGGGAGAUUUCAGUUCAGGUGCUCUGUCCCAGUUGACUGUUGUGCUUGAGGGCUUUACUCCAAAAUGUUUGAUUUUAACAGCAUUUUAGCAAUAAUACAUGUUUAUGGGAUGUUGUGUACUUUUGACUGGACAUCUGACAUUUCAAUUAUGUGAUACGAGUAAUUUGAUAUUUUCGCUUGGAUGUUUGCUGUUUUUCAAAUUGGGUCCCUUUUGAAGCCAUUUGCAUCAGCAAUUUUGUGUUCUUAAUGAAAAUGGAGAUUAUAAUUUUUUUCUCGCCCAUCUCUACACACAAUCCAGGGCUUAGUAACAGGUAAAAAAAUGUCAUUUUUGGACGGAGUAUUCCUCCAAAAUACGAGAAGCUUCAGUUAAAAUGUAGACUGUACACCAGGGGUGGGCAAAUUCAUUCCUGGAGGGCCGAGGGUUUUUGUUCCAACCCAGUUGUUUAAUUAGAAAACGAUCCUUGCCAAUAAUUACAUUUCAUGGCUUGUUAGUGCUUUAACUCUGCUAUGUCAAGUCAUUCUCAUAUCCUAGAUUUUUUUUUUCCACUCUAAGGAUAUCAUCCAAAUACUUUGAAGUGUAAAACAGAUGGGUAAUUCUCAAUCCUUCACUUUUUUCUCUUCUCUUUCCUUCCAAGUAUUUAAUUAAACCAAAUAGUGCACGAUAAAUACACACAGGUGUAAAGGGUAACAAGCAAAAUGGAUAACUGCUGGUUUCUUUUGUCAUUUGCAUCUUAUUGCUAAUAAGGAGCAAUUACAAACCAAGAAUGCAGCUGUUUAAGACUUAAAUAAGCAAUAAGGGUUCAAAAUCUUAACGAGGGAGAAAACUAAAAUGAAGCAGAAGUGUUUCUAGAGCAAUUAGUGCUUCUUAUUAAGCAAUUGGGUUGGAACAAAAACCUGCAGCCACUGCGGCCCUCCAGGAAUGACUUUGCACACCUCUGCUGUACACUGUAGACACCAUUUUGAAGUGGAGUCUCACGUUUAUUUUAUCAUGUCUUGCUUAGACGAGUGUGUUCUGUAAUCCCAAGGACUCAAGUUUGUGUUCUUCUGCUGCCACCUCAGAUCUCUGGAGAGUGGCACCCUGGGCUAACGAUUUUCAUGUAAGGUCGAUAGAGAGGGCCCAGGAGUUGUCCUGCUGACUGAGACUUGUGUUCCUUACUAGGCUUCAUAUUCCAAGCUCUCCUUGCACCUUGGGUCCGUCCACCAUCUCCAUUCUCCUGAAACCUUCACACAAGCCCUGGUAGGCGAGCUGACUGACGUGUCCCGGCUUAGCGUCAGAUUACUCCAAAUGAUGCUGGCCUUUCUGUAUUUCCCAAAGCCUUUAGGUCAGUCACGGUCACAGGGCCCACAUCUUCAUGUUUCAAUCCAAGUUCCAAAUUUGAAGUCGCGUCGCUUCUGAGAUUACUUACAUCAGUUCUCUGCUUGCAGUCCCACCAGCGGUGUGACUUUCUGGGCCCUUUCAAACUCAACAAUGCCUACUGCUGUCACACCACCACAGUCGAAUCAGCCAUUUUGUUCAGUUGCUUGUUAUUCGGCCUUGUCCAUAACUAGUAAAUUCAAGGUGCAGCACCGAGAUAGCUGACAAGUUAUCCAGCUUCCAUAACUUGUAUAGUGUAGCUGUAUAAAUAAGACGUUACAAAUUAAAUGAGAGGGGAAAACAUUGAAAAGCGGUGUGCCAAUGCAUCCAAAUUGGUACCAUGGCAGAUUUACUACCAUCAAGACUUGGAGUUUCAGUAAGGAGAACCUCACAAACUUGACCUCUGUACUACUCAGAAAAUUACAGGUGACCAGGUGGUCCUGAUGUAUGUUCUGGCUCAUGGUGUAGGAAGAAAAGCAGGAUUGGACGGCCUCCUGCUCGAACUCCUCGCAGCUCUCCAUUAGCACAUUUACCACCUGAUAUCGUCAGGGAAACUGUAGGUAAAAUGAGCCUCCUACGGGCAUCAUACGUUUUACCAGACUAGCAUGGAACCAAAGAUUACCACAGUGGAGACAUUAAGACAAGGGAAUAUGGUACAGAAGAAAGAAUCCAUUUAACUUGAUUUUAAAUGCGUCUUUCACUCCUAAAUACAAACAUGUGAAGGAAGCCCAUGGGACAGAGCGGUUGUGUUACAAUUCUAAAGUGGGAGGCCGGCAGAAGUUUCAAGGACAACUCAUUUCUGUACCUGUUUUAGUUCUGGAAUAUUCUUAAUGUCUUUCAAUACUUUUUGUUGGUAUUUACGUUGUUUUAUGUGUCACAGUUUUGUUCCCAUUAGAGAGUGACACCAUUUUGUUUGUUGUUAGCAAUGACCCCCCCCCCCCCCCUGUACUAGCACGUCACAACCGGAGGUCAAGUCGCAUGAUGCCAGUGAAUCUCCACUAUUUAAGAUGGUGGCCUGCUAUCAUGUUUGUCCAAGUUUCUGGAUAGCAAACACCUUUCACCAUUGCUUUAGUGCUGUUUUUGAAGGUUAUUGAUGUCCAGAACCCUCCAGGAUACAAACUUAAGUGACCUAAAAAAUCCUCAAACACGUUUUUUUCAUUUUUUAAGGUGUUUUUUUCUUUUCUUUAUCGAUUUCGUUCAAUCGCCAUCCCCCUACCACCGCACUUAGUCCAAAACUUGAAAAGUCUCAUUUUCAGUCCAAGGCCCCAUGGAGUCUUGAAAGGUUCUAGGCAGUCGUAAUUAAACCCCUUGGUUUAAUGAAUGUUGCAGCAUUUGACUUGUUGGGCUGCCUUAAGCUUCGUGUUCUUCAUAAUUUGUUACGGAGUCUGCGUGCUGCCGCCUCUUCAUAGCUGCUGGGAUCUUCACAUUCAUAAACCACGCAAGGUACAAAUUAGAGAUGUUUUACUAAGCACCUCUGUCAUGCCAUGUCAAGGAAUCUCUCAGGGAGAAGCCCCCACUGUCUGGUGGGACACGAACUCACAACUUUGGGAUUACAAACCAUCAGAUCCACCACUGCGCUCAUAGAAAUCUCCUUUCUGGCAGGAGCAGAUAUGGACGCUUAGCUCGUGACACAGCUUUGUCCUGAGCCUGUCGCCGGCCACAGCCUCAUACAGACACGAUGCACUUCUGUGAACUGAAACGUCCAAACACGAUUGAGUAACACGCGUACUUGACCCUUCAGUCCGAGUUCAGAAACAAGCAGAUGCCAAACUGACAUUAAUGAUCGAUUUGCUAACGUUGGAGGGUGGGGAGGACGAGUUUUCUAGUGGAGAUCGACAAGCUGGGGCAGACUUGGGAACAAAAACCAACAGCGGUGAAGGGCCUCGAGCAGCGGGACGGGUCGCGAGAUGUCCGCCUGUACAUAGGAUCUAAUGCCACACUGUAUGAAUAUAGUCGCCUUGUAUAUACGCCAGCGUAUUGUACGAAAAAAUCCAAGAGACGCAGCAGCUUCGGGAGACACGUCUGGGUAAGUUUGCACUGAAAAAACAUCGACAUCCCCGUCUGAUGAAGAGAAACAAGGGUCCAGGGUUCAAGUCCUGGUAGGUCUGCAAUUUCUCCACUUCUUUGUAACGAACAAUCGGCCGAAACUGCAAAACUCUUACCGGUCAACCCGCGAUAUUCCUGAACUGCUUCUGACAGAACGUAACUGCAGUCCGAUCAAAGUCCUUUUUUUGUAUUUGGGUGCACAUAUUCCUUACUGAGAGUUGAUUUACUGCGUCUGGUGCUCCAGAGGUUUUUUAUGUUUUUAAUAAAUGUUUACAAAGACAUUCCUUCUGCAGCGGUCAGCUGAGAUCUUUUUAUUUAAUGUGGAUUUCCACCGGUUGUCAUUCAUUUUUACGGGGUACUCCAAAAGAACCGAUUGUUUUACAGCUCUGAGAGGACCACUCUGUGAUGAGCACCUCCAU